GAAGAAGGAGGCGGAAGGAAGAAGAAGGAGGAGGGAGGGGAGGAAGGAGGAGGUCGCGGUUUCUUCGCUCAGUCUUUCAGUUCAAGAUGGCGGAUACCGAGGCAGCAUCAGUGAAGAAGAAGAAGAAGGUGAAGAAAGUCAGUGAAGAAGAAGUCGGAGAGAUCCAACAGAGCGGAGACUUCUUCAUCCAACCAGAGUCCAAAGUUGUCUCACUGGACACGUCUCAGUGGCCUCUAUUAUUAAAGAAUUUUGACAAAUUAAACGUCCGGACGACUCAUUACACCCCGUUACCAAGCGGCAGCAACCCUCUGAAGAGGAGCAUCCAAGACUAUGUCAGGUCGGGCUUCAUUAACCUGGACAAACCAGCGAACCCAUCAUCGCAUGAGGUGGUGGCAUGGAUUCGGAGGAUAUUGCGGGUGGAGAAAACCGGUCAUAGCGGGACACUUGACCCGAAGGUCACGGGCUGUCUGAUCGUGUGUGUCGACCGUGCUACACGAUUGGUCAAAUCUCAGCAGAGUGCAGGUAAAGAGUAUGUGGGAAUCGUUCGGCUGCACAAUGCGAUAGAGAGUGAACAUGCUCUAGCUCGGGCAUUGGAAACACUGACCGGCGCCUUAUUCCAGCGACCGCCGCUGAUCGCUGCCGUGAAACGUCAACUGAGAGUUCGAACGAUCUACGAGAGCAAACUGAUCGAGUACGACCCUGAGAGGAGGCUGGGUAUCUUCUGGGUGAGCUGUGAAGCAGGUACCUACAUCCGGACUCUGUGUGUCCACCUGGGUCUGCUGCUCGGGGUUGGAGGUCAGAUGCAGGAACUGAGGAGAGUCCGGUCUGGAGUCUUGGGAGAGAUGGACAACAUGGUGACGAUGCACGAUGUCCUGGACGCUCAGUGGCAGUUUGAUCACAACAAAGACGAGACGUAUCUGAGGAGAGUCAUCUUCCCUCUGGAGAAGCUGCUGGUGUCUCACAAACGUCUGGUGAUGAAGGACAGCGCUGUGAAUGCCAUCUGUUAUGGAGCAAAGAUCAUGCUGCCGGGUGUCCUCAGGUAUGAAGAUGGCAUCGAGGUCAACCAGGACAUUGUCGUCAUAACGACCAAGGGGGAGGCCAUCUGUACAGCUGUCGCUCUGAUGACGACAGCUGUGAUCUCGACGUGUGAUCACGGUGUCGUGGCAAAGAUAAAGAGGGUGAUCAUGGAGAGAGACACGUAUCCUCGGAAGUGGGGUCUGGGACCGAAGGCAAGUCAGAAGAAGAUGAUGAUUCAGAAAGGACUCCUUGACAAACACGGGAAACCGAACGGCAGCACACCGCAGGACUGGAAAAACCAAUAUGUCGACUACAGUGUCUCCAAGGCGACAGAGGAGUCAUGUGAUGCUUCAGUGAAGAGGAAGAGGGAGGCAACGGAAAGUGAUGGUGAAGCAGUGACGGCGCCCUCCACGCCAUCAGCAGAGGAUGUGAAGAAAGAGAAGAAGAAGAAAAAGAAAGAGAAAAGAGCAAAACUGGAGGAGGCAGAGCCUGUGGAAGAAGGGGCGGGGCCUGAGGAGGCAGAGGUUGAAAGUGCCAAAAAGAAGAAGAAGAAGAAGAAACCGAAAGAGGGCGACACAUCAGAGUGAUGAUGGAUCAACAGGUGAACAGGACACUGUCAGGCUCCACCUACUGUCACACCUGUCUGAACAUCUGGAUGCAAAGCAUUCUGGGAGUUUAAUAAUGGACUGCAUGACUGCAGAAAAGAGGGUUUUUGUUUUUUAUAUGAAUUUUAUUUUAUGUUGUUCUCAGCUGUAAAUACCUAAACAGGAAGCCUGUUUGUAAUUUCAAAAUAAAAGUCUGUUUUCUGUA